AGCAGAGCUCUGAGUUAGCUGUGAGGAGACAUGGUUUUAAAGCUGCUCGUUCUGUUGUCCCUGGCAGUGCUGGUCCGCUCUGACCUGAGAGCGAGGGACCUGGAGUUAGAGGAGGAGCCGGAGGAGGAGCUCCUGAAACAGGGUGACAGGCACCCCCAACACCACUUCGGGGUACAGCCUGAGACGCAUAGGUUUGCGACCCCUGGGGACCCCCCAGCAGAAAGCACUCCAAAGAUUGCGCCUUCCACAGGAGAGACAGCAGCCCACCAACUUACAACCCGGACCGGGAACUGGUGUGCCUUCGUCCACUCUCGCAUAGUGACCACCGUGGUGUCCGGCGGCACAGAACAAUUCACCACCCGAUCCCAGAAGCCCUGCCCCCAUGGGACUCCCGACUGCCAGCUCGUAAUGUACAAGCUGUCCCUGCGGCCGGUGUAUCGGCAGAAGCAGAAGGUCUUCACAGCGCUGCAGUGGAGGUGCUGUCCUGGCCACAUGGGAACAAACUGUGAGGACACAGUUGCAGCUUCGAGCCACUUGUCUGUACCGAUCAACCAGACAGCAGGAAGCAGGGAACAGGAAUCUAACCAGUCUCUAGGCCCAGAUCCAGGGAAGGUGAUGCGGAUGGCUGGAGAGGAGGGAGGUCUGCCAAAUGAUAUCCAGCACCCAGGUAGCUUGCUGCACGACCUUCACUCACUAUUGGGGGAAAACAGGACCUUCAGGCUGGACCUGAACCAGAACAGAACAGACUCAGCUGCUCUGUUGUCUCUCCUGGCCCAGCUGCUCCUGCCUCACCUGGAGGCCCUGGUGAAGGAACAUGUGCAGAGGGAGUGGGACGGCUUCAACAGGAGCCUGCAGAGUCUGUCUCGAGAACUGGGGGGGCUGGCCCAGGACGUGGAGGUGCUGCGAAAGGGGCCGGGGAGGGGGGAGGAGGGCAGGGAGGGAAGGCAGGACUUUGAGUCGAAGCUGCAGGAGAAUGUGUACAAGCUGGACCAGCUGGGGGCAUUACUGAGCUCCCAGGGCUGGGAGCUGCAUGAAAAGCUUCACUCCCAGCAGGCCGCACUCCACUACAACCUGACCGCUAUCAAGACAAAAACGGAUGUCAAGGUGAAGCGCAACCAGAAGAUGAUCCAGGUGAAGCUACAGGCGCUCAACGUCUCCCUGGCUGAGGUGAAGAGGGAGCAGGAGAGGCUGGGAGAGGAGCUCCGCAGGCAGAGACACAGUGGGAGAGAGGAGGGGGGGGAGGAGGGUGGUGUUGUGGGAGGACAGAGCGGACAGGGUGGGGUCGAGCCAAGUGUUUGGGAGGCAAUCCGGUGGCUGGAGCGGAAGGUGUCCGAGAACUCUGGGAACGUGACCUACCUUGUGAAGGAGAAUGACUUGUCCGCGCAAAAUGUCCAGGACCUGCAGCGGGAGUUCCUGAACCUGGAGAGCACCCUGCAGGAGACGACCAGGGAGAUCCGCGUGCUGUUCAUGGAGUCCGGGCUGACGGUGGAGGACAGCAAGGUGGAGGUGCUGCAGGGGGUGAGGGGGCUGGCAGCCAACCUGAGCACCCUGGAGGGCCAGCUGAGGAACGUCAGCGACAAGGUGGAGGAGUUCUCACUGGACAUCGAUGACCUGUACGGUCUCUACCCCAGCCACUGCAACUGCCAGAGUCUGGCUGCAGAGCUGGCCCUGCUGGGGGACGAGCUGAGGGAGGAGCUGAGGAACUGCACCCGGGUCACAGAGAACAACAGACACAAGCUGGAGGAGGCCAGCCACGGGGCCUGGAGGCCAGGCCUCACCAACUCCGUGGAGGACCUGAUCGUGGGGCUACAACAGGUGCAGCGCUCCCUGGCCUUCGAGCAGGAGAAGCACAGGGCACUGCAUCUCAACAUGUUCCAGCUACAGGGGGCCGGGCUGGGGCUGCAGCGUGAGGUGAGCAGGCUACGGGACAAGGAGGGGUACUGGACAGCAGAGAUCCAGAGGCUGUCCAGCUCCUUCCAGUCCCUGCUGGCGGACACUGUGAGACACGCCGAGGUGCUGGAGGCCAUGCUGGGGGCGGACGUGCUGGAGUUCACCAGCGAGAUGUCCUCACAGCUGGGGGAGCUCUCUGUCCCCACCCUGCAGGAGAGCGUGAGGGAGGCCCUGGCCGGGCUCCGGGCACACAACUCCAGCCUGGUGUCCCUGGAGAGGAGGGUGGAGGGGCUGCUGCUGGAGCUAGGGAGGGAGAGGAGUGAACGGGCUGCUCCCCCCAUAUCCACCAGCGAGGGGCCCCCCAGUGGGGACUCCAGAGCUGUGGAGCGCAGGAGUGGAGACCUUAGGCUAGGGGAACCCCUGAUUGGGGACCGGUCCCUAGACAGAGAGCUUUCAGACCUGAAGGGGACACUGAAGGAUCUAGGGGCCCAGGUGAUGAAACUGAAGGAGCAACAGCAGCCCUGCCCCCAAUCCUGCUGUAACUGUACUGUGGUGCCCUCUGGUGGUUGGGCAGGGGAGCUGCAGAAACUCAGGCAGGAUCUGGAGAGCCAUCUGCAGGUUUUCCACGGAGUCUUUGGGGACACAGAGGCACUGGCUGUCUCCAACGUGACUGUGGAUCUGAGCCAGCUGUGGAGCGCAAUGAGGAAGAUGGAGAGGAGAAGGCAGAAGGGGAGAGAGAGAGGGCGCAAGGGAGGCAAGACAUCGCGAUUGGGGGACGUGGUCAAGCGCAACACGAAGGACACAUGGCUAGAGACACAUGUGUCCCUGGACCCCCCCGUUGUGUUCCUGGCCAGCAUCCUCAAGGUGUCCAAUCAGACCAGGACGGCGGUGUUCAAGCGGGCGGUGCUGAACACAUGGCAGUGUUACUCCCCCGAGACGGGGGUCUUCACCGCGCCGGCCCGUGGCCUGUACCUUUUCACACUGAGCCUGGACUUUGGGCCAGGCCCAGUGCUGGGGCAGCUCAUGAGGGGAGGGGUCCUGGUGGCCAGACUGCACCAGAACCACAGGAAACCCGUGGGCCCGCUGACCCGGGUCUGCCUGCUGGAGCUGGUCCGGGGUGAGCAGGUCCGACUGGAGCUGCUGCAGGGGUCCCUGGAGAGAGGCAGCCAGGCUGACAACACAUUUGGAGGGGUGCUGCUGUUCAGAACGCCCUGACAGCUGUCCCUCCACUUGUCGCCUUUAAAACAGACAGUGGCCGGUUGUAUAAAAAAAAUCAAAACUCUUCAUUAGAAAUGCAAGUUAUUAUUCCCAAGGUAUUUAUUUAAAUGCAUGAGGAUGGUUUGUCUAAACUACCUGUGUGGCUGGUUUCACAAAUUAGUGUAAGGUACAUUAGUGUCUGAUUGGGGUCUGUGAAACCAGUUUAUAAAUCCCAAUUUUUAAGGCAAAAAACACAAAGGGAACAUUUUAAUUUAAGGUGUUUUAUGCAACUAUCCACUGGCCCUGAAACCGCCUCACAAACUUAGACACAUUACUUUGAUCCAGAAACUUUUUAUUUAAAUUUAAAAGGUUGUUUUAUUUUUUAUGCCAUAAAACCAGCUCUGUUUAAGGAGUUUUGCAAUUCGGUAUUUCUUUAAAACUUUUUUGCUUAAAAUUUUCUCAACAAAUUGAGUCAGAGUGCAAUGUAUAAUAAUCUAUAAAAUAUGGGGACAGAAAAUCUAAUAUCAUCCUUAAACAGCAACAACUGGAUAGUUUGUGCACAGAGAAAUUAACACUGACUAGAUACAGGCGUUAGCUCCAAAUAUUUUUUUGUCUUUUCGAAUGAGCCAAAUGUAAUUUAUAGCUUGUUCUGUAACUUUUUUAAAUGGAUUUCCAUUGGUGUUUUAUACCAAUUAUUUCCUGUAGGUAGAGCUGCUGAGACAUAUUAAUGUUGUAUACCCACUUGCUGCAACAGGUGAGGGUAUUGUAAUAAAUAAUACAUGUGUAUGUUUCUA